UUGGGCAGAAAUCACUCAGCAGCCAAGCCUAAAGCACGUGAAUAUUAAGAAGUUUGUUUUUUUUUUAUAUUUAGCUCCUAAUUAAUGUUCUAAGUACGUUUUUAGAGAGUAACAACAAAACCCUAAAACGCAAACCUCGUUGAUAAUCUGAAUCAGUCGUUGAACAGCUGUUACACCUGUAAGGGGGAAAGUUCUAAAAUAGCAAUUCCGGAUUCUUAAUCGGAACGUUAGCGUUCCAACCAGAUACUCUAGAUAAUACGCAGAGUGGUGCCACAAUUACUGGACCGAGUCUAAACAUCAAAGUACAAGGUGCUUUCGAUCGGGAUGGGAACCUUGUCACUGAGCGAUUUUAAGGAGGUUCAGAUCCCUGCUCCUUGGGGUCACAUUGCAGGACGUUGGUAUGGCAAUCGACAGGAGCGACCGAUCCUUGGAAUCCACGGAUGGCUGGACAAUCUGGGCACCUUCGAUCGAUUGAUUCCUCUACUGCCCGACUAUAUAGGAUUGCUCUGCAUAGACCUGCCUGGACAUGGAAGAUCCUCUAGCAUUCAACCGGGUAUGCACUAUAGCGUCUAUGACUACGUGUACGUUAUUCCACGAGUGAUGAGGGAACUUGGCUGGUCGAAGGUUUCUCUUAUGGGUCACUCAUUGGGAGGCUUUAUGAGCUUCGUUUACACAUCACUGGCUGCUCAUACUGUGGAUAUGGUCAUAUCCUUUGAAAUAUUACUGCCAAGAACAGUGAUUCCUAAAAAAGCAGUGGACGUAGUGGCUCAGAGCAUGGAGAGGCAUCUGGUGGAAGAGGAUCGUCAAGGAGAGAGUAAUCCGCAAAAGACGCCCUCUUAUACACUAUCUGAGAUGACAAAGAUCAUUGUCAAGAGGACCAUAAAUUCCGUGACGCCUGAGCUGGCUAAGCAUCUUCUUCACCGCCAGGUGGUAAAGUCUCCCCUGUCCCCGGACAGAUUUUUCUUCUCCGGAGACGGUCGGGUUAAGUUCUACCACCUAUCGCAAAUGGAACCUGGACUCGCUGUGGAGAUGACGAAAAUAAUCAAAAAGGUUCCCUUCUUGUUAAUAAAGGCUUCCAAGUCGUCCUUUGUCGGCGUUCAAUGUGAGGUGCCUAUAUCCAUGCUGCGGCAAAAUAAUCCGCACUUUGAACUCCACGAGGUGGCGGGUACUACCCAUCAUAUCCAUCUACUAUUCCCUGAGGAGUGCGCCCGUUACGUUGUGCCCUUCAUCCAACGUCAUCGACCACCUUCUUCUUGGUCAUUGGCUGGAAAAGAGCAACCACUCUGUUCUAAGAAGAUCCAAAACAGCAAACUGUGAAGUAAUUUUGGUAUUAUUAUGAAAAUUUUAGAUUUAAGGGUAUGGAAAAGAUGCUCAAUCAAGACCAUAUUUAAGCAAGAAGCUGUCUGCAGCUGAUCAUGAAAUGUGUAAAUAAAGCCUGUCUAAUGGA